CCCAGGUCGGGUCGGGUCCUGUCCAAGCCACCCCUACUGUGUAAUUCAAAGUGCAGAGAGAGAGCUCUCUCCACGUCUUUCUUUCUUUUUUUACAGUUUGAUUUCUUGCUUGCUUGCUCCAGUUCUCGAGUUCCAAUAAGACAGAGAAACAGAGCAGCAUGAGAGAGAGGGGUGGAACUGAAACAUGUGAGAGAAACAUAGGGAGAGAGAGAGAAAGCUGAGCUGAAUAUGGAGUCUAGUGUCCAUUGGCUGUUGCGCGUGACGGGAUCCAAAAACCAUUUGUUUAGUAAGAAAUAGCAGAGAGAGAGAGAGAGAAGAACCAUUUGUUUAGUAAGAAAUAGCAGAGAGAGAGAUGGUGCCUGUGCGUGCAUCGUGCGCGUGACGCGAUCCGAAAACCAAUUGUUUAGUGAAGAGAGGGAAAGAGAUAUGCAGAGUAAAAAUGGUAGUUAAUAACAGGAGGGGGGGAGAUUUAGAAGGCGAGACCCGAUGCAAAGCCCUUCUGGGAUUCGGAGCCAUGUCGAGAGAGCAACCCCAGAACACCGCUACUCCUCUUAGUAGUAAGAGAAGGCUUUGUAGUGAGAGAAAGACUUUCACUAAGCUUGGAUUUGCAAUUGCUCUGUUUCUGCUGCCACUCUUUGAAGUGAGGGCCACCAAUAAUGAAUCUCUUGCUCUUCUCUCGUGGCUUUCAACUUUUCCCACUUCUUCUUCUUCAUCUCCAUUUCCAUUCCUGGAUUGGAACCCCAAAGACCCCAACCCUUGUAACUGGACCUCCAUUACGUGCUCACCCCAAGGUUUUGUAGUCGAGAUCAAUGUCCAAGCUUUCGAGCUCGCAGCCCCUGUACCGACUCAGCUAAGGCCAUUGCUUCAUCUCCAAAAGCUUGUAAUUUCUGGUGCUAAUCUCACUGGAAAAAUCCCACCAGAAGUUGGCAACUACUCUCAACUUGUUCAUCUCGACUUGAGUUCGAAUAGGUUGACAGGAGAGAUUCCAUCAUCAAUUGGUAAGCUCUCUUCACUCCAAAACCUUAUUCUUAACUCCAACCAACUUCAAGGGGGCAUUCCGGUCGAAAUAACCCAAUGCACAUCGCUGAGACAACUGCUAAUCUUUGACAACAAACUGAGUGGGAAUAUUCCCGCAGAAAUUGGCCGGAUUUCCAGUCUUGAAGUUCUGAGAGCGGGAGGGAACCAAGACAUUGAAGGGGAGAUCCCCAUCGGUCUUGCCAUGUGUCAAAAUCUGACAAUUUUGGGGUUGGCAGAUACAAAAAUCUCCGGAAGUAUCCCACCAGAAUUUGGCAGGCUCCAGCGGCUCCAGACACUGUCAAUUUAUACGGCAAUGCUCUCCGGGCCAAUACCACCAGAACUUGGCAACUGCUCGGAGCUCAUGAACUUGUAUUUGUACGAGAAUGAGCUCUCAGGGUCUAUCCCACCAGAACUUGGCAAGCUACAGAAGCUCCAGAAGAUGUUGCUAUGGCAAAAUAACUUUGUGGGAACGAUACCAAAAGAGCUAGGGAAUUGUAGGAGCUUGAGGAUGGUGGAUUUGUCGAUUAAUUCUCUUUCGGGCAGCAUUCCAUUGAGUUUUGGCAAUCUAUUGGAGCUGAGUGAGCUCAUGCUGAGCGAUAACAAUGUGUCGGGUUCGAUCCCUUCAGUGCUUGCAAACUGUGCAGGUCUCUCUCAGCUUCAGCUUGACAAUAAUCAGAUUUCAGGCCCCAUACCUCAAGAAAUAGGUCAGUUGAGCCAUCUUACUGUGUUUUUUGCAUGGCAAAAUAGGUUAGAAGGGAGCAUCCCUGUGUUUUUAUCGGACUGUGCCAGCCUCCAAGCCCUUGAUCUCUCACACAAUCGACUAACAGGAAGCAUACCACCAGGACUUUUUGAGCUUCGUAAUCUUACAAAGCUUCUUUUGUUGUCAAAUGAUUUAUCGGGUGAGAUCCCAAAAGAAGUGCGGCAUGGAAGCUCUCUUGUUCGCCUACGCCUUGGUGAUAACAGGCUCGGAGGACAGAUACCAAAAGAGAUUGGUGGUUUGAGCAGCCUCAACUUUUUGGAACUCUCGGAUAAUCAGUUGUCUGGUGAGAUUCCGGUGGAGAUCGGGAACAUUACUCACCUCCAAAUGCUGAAUCUUAGCAAUAACUCCCUAGAAGGGACACUACCAACUUCCCUUACUUCACUUGCAGGGUUGCAGGUCCUUGAUGUGUCGAUGAACCGAAUCACCGGUCAGAUCCCCGAAGCUUUCGGUGAGUUAAAAUCACUAAACAAGCUUUCCCUAAGUGGUAACUAUUUCAAUGGAUCAAUCCCAACUCCUCUGAGCCUUUGCUCGAGCCUCCAACUUCUAGACCUAAGCAAUAACCGACUUUCUGGUAAGAUUCCGGCAGAGUUAGGCCGGAUUCAAGCCCUUGACAUUGCUUUAAACCUCAGCCAAAACUCACUUUCUGGUGAAAUCCCCAAUGAGCUCUCCACCCUUACAAAACUCUCCAUCCUUGACCUCUCCCACAACUCUCUCUCUGGAAACCUAAGCGCUCUCAGCUCACUUGAGAACUUGGUCUCUCUCAAUGUCUCCUACAACAAAUUUUCCGGUUUUUUGCCAGACACCAAGCUUUUCAGGCAGCUUCCGCCCAUGGACCUCGCUGGAAAUGUUGAUCUUUGUAUUUCGUGCUUCGCAAGUGGAGGGAUGAGAGAGCCUGAGAAUCGACCAAGAAGGAUAAAGCUCGCAAUGUCUUUGAUGAUUGUGGUGGCAAUCGCAAUGGUUCUCGGAGCCUUUCUCGUGGUUCGAGCUCGACGCCAAUCAGAGGACACAGACAUCGAGGAGGCCGAAUCUGAAGCGUGGCCAUGGCAUUUCACACCAUUCCAAAAGCUCAACUUCACAGUCAAUGAGGUGGUGAAGAGCCUCGUGGACACAAAUGUGAUUGGAAAGGGUUGUUCAGGUGUUGUGUAUAGAGCAGAGAUGAGGAGUGGAGAGGUGGUUGCUGUGAAGAAGCUGUGGCCGGUGACAACAGGAAACAAUUGUGGGGGGUUGGCAAGGGACUCGUUCUCAGCAGAGGUGCGAACAUUGGGAACGAUAAGGCACAGGAACAUUGUGAGGUUUCUGGGCUGUUGUUGCAAUAAGAAUACAAGGCUUCUCAUGUAUGAUUAUAUGCCUAAUGGGAGUUUGGGGAGUUUGUUGCAUGAGAGGAGGGGGGCUCAACUCGAGUGGGAGGCACGAUAUCAGAUAAUAUUGGGUGCAGCGCAGGGGCUAGCAUAUUUGCACCAUGAUUGCGUCCCUCCUAUUGUGCACAGGGACAUCAAGGCCAACAACAUCCUCAUUGGCAUGCAUUUGGAGGCCUACAUUGCGGAUUUUGGGCUUGCCAAGCUUGUCAGCUCCUCCGAGUUUGUCAAUUCUUCUAGUACACUAGCAGGCUCAUAUGGCUACAUAGCACCAGAAUACGGGUACAUGAUGAAAAUCACUGAGAAGAGCGAUGUGUACAGCUAUGGCGUGGUGAUGUUAGAGGUGCUCACAGGGAAGCAGCCCAUAGACCCUACCAUACCUGACGGGGUUCAUGUGAUCGAGUGGGUGAGGCAGAGGAGAGCAGAUGCUUCUGAAGUGCUUGACCCCACAUUGAGGGGCCGCCCUGACUCCGAAAUCGAAGAGAUGGUGCAGGCUUUAGGGAUUGCACUCCUCUGUGUGAACCCUACACCUGAGGACCGACCUACCAUGAAGGAUGUGGCCGCAAUGCUUAGAGAGAUAAGGCACGAUGGUCCACAUCAAGAUGACUAUGCAAAGGUUGAUACCCUGCUCAAGUCCUCCCCUGUGGUGCGUAAUGAUGUGCACCACACUCCAUGCUCUGCUCCACGGUCUGAUCCCAGUUUCUCGACUUCUUCUCUUGCCUACUCGUCGGCAUCUUCUACCUCAGCCUCAGCUAAAAGGCCCCCUUCUACAGAUAAACCCCCUGCUUUUGCCUUGAAGUAAGCUUUAUAUGAUCACCUUGCUAACCAACAAGCAAACCUCUCAGGCUCAUACCUGACGUUCAAUAUGUGAUGGCAAAUUGUAAAUUUAUUCAUUUCGAUAACGGCAACCUGUGUGCUCUUGGCCUCCACUUGAGAGUUAAUGCUAACCCAGUGGUGAAAUGGAGCCAAAAUUUACAGUAACUUGUUAUUGCCCAUGGAUCAAUCAAUACAUGUUGUUAAGGUCCUUAAA